AGUGUAGACAUAUAGAGAGCAAGCUGAUAGUACUCAUAUACCUUCAAAUGUGUGUAUAUGUUGACUUUUGGAUUAUCAUGAUUCUAGAGAAAUCUAAUGUAAACUGUCAAAGUUAUCCCAUACUCUAACUGGCUGGCAUGACUGCUUUAAGUAUAAACAACAUUACACUGUUGCUCAACAUAUAUAUAUAUAUAUUGAAGAACGAUACAUAAAGUUUAAUGUAAAGUUUUGGUAAUGGAAAAAUUUAUUCCCAUAUAGAUUUUUGUAAAUAUUAUUAUUAGUAUUACUCCUGUAAUAAAGUGAAUACAAAUUUAAAAGAAAACAGCUAAUAUCAACUGAAGACCAUGCCUAUGCGUAUACCACAACCAAUACAGAUUUGGUUCAAUUCAUUGCAUCAUUAUCGUAAAAAGAUUCAAUCUCAAAAUGAUUCAAUAUUAUUAACAGAUAAAUCUGAUGAAAAAUUCAUUGAUUAUAAUCCAUUAUUAAUUGGUGGUAUUGAAAAUUUAUUACUUGAAAUGAUACCAAAAAAUUCUAAACCAAUAAUUAAAAAUGGUGCCAAUGAAGUUGCUCAAUGGAUUUGUGAAAAUUUAAUUAUGUUAUAUGAUGUUAAUGAAGAUGAUUGUUCUAAUAAGCCAGAUACAAUCAAUCAAUCAAAUAUACAUAGAAAAAAUCUACUAAAUGAUUUACAAUUCAUUACAAUUGAAUUAUUACCAACAAUUAUUUAUGUAUACUUUUGUUUAUUUAUUUUUUUUGGAUCAAAAAAAUCUCAUCAAAACAAACCAAUAACAACUAAUAAACUGGAUAUAAAAUUUAUGAAAUUUAAAAAUGUUGAUAAAAUUCCUCCUUCAUUAUUAUUAUUAAAACAAAAUGAAGAUUAUUCACAAUUAAUGAAUAAUCAAUCAAAUAAAUUAAUUAAUGUAAAUAAACAUACAAUUAAAACAAAAUCACAAAUGAUAAUUCAAUCAUCUAAUGAAUUAUUAAUGAAAUCAGAAAAUAAUAUAAAAUUAACUAAUAAUAAUAAUAAUAAAUUAAUAAAACAAAAUACAAAAAAACAAUUAUCAAUGAAUUAUUUCAAUGAAUCAAUGAAUUUAAUUAAUAUUUUUGAAAUUUUUUUAUUGACUAUUUAUCAAAUUUAUCAAAAAAAUUUAUUAAAUAUAAUAAAUGAAGAAAAUUUUAAUCCAGUGAUAUUAUAUAAUUCAACUAUAUAUUGUAAUGAAUUAUUAAAUUCUAAUGAAAUCAAUAAAAUUGAUUAUUUAAAUCAUAUCAAAUUAUGUAAUCAAUAUACAAUUACAAAAAAACAAUCAAAUCAAUUUAUUAAUGAAUUAUAUUUUAAUAAAAAAUUUCCUGAGUAUACAUUUAAUUCGCACAAUCGUAUGCACAUAUUGACUGCACUGAUGAAACAAUAUAGUGCAUACUCUCCAUCAUGUGUAUCUAAACAAUCAAGAGUGUCUCUAUGCAAAUUGGCUUGUUUAUUUAAUCCUUUCAAUAACCAAUAUUCAGAGUAUAUGCCCUUACAAUUUGAAGAAUCUGAUUCUGUGGAUGACGAUGGGCAUACUUGUGAUAUGAAUUCCAUGAAACUAGAAGUAAUAAAGGAAAAUGAAAAACAAGAUAAUUCAGUUCGCGAGGAAGCCACAUCACAACCGACUUCACCAAAAACACCUGGCAAAACGGAAGAGCACACCUCCAAAGGAAUGCAAAAUUCUUAUACAAAAUCAGAGACAAACAAACAAGUAAAAUUUGGUAGAGUAACAGGAUUGAGUUCGAGUUUUGUCACAGAAAUUCUGUUUUCUCUCUAUCCAGUUCUUUUUACUGAACAUUCAGAUUUAGCUUGUGAAGGAGUCAAGUCUCUGAAAGCUAGAGCGACUUAUGAAAUAUGGUCAAAUGUCUUGUUACUGAUUAAUUCAAUAGAAAAAGAUUAUACUCGAUCAAAGUCACCUGAUUUAAAAUCGCUUAAAUUUGAUAACCGAAUGAUCAGCCAAGAGAUGUUAAAUAACAAUAACUUCAAUGAGUGUUCAGUUGAAGAAAAUAAAUUGAACUCUGAACAGUUAAGUCUAGCUAGUGCUUAUUGUGGUUUAUGGUCUGGACUUUUGGGGAAACGAUCCGAUAUGCAACAAGAUCAAAUACCACCAGAACUCUGUGAUAUUCAAGAUUUAUCAGGCAAACGUUUACACUAUGUUCGACUAGCACAAGCCAAAUUUAAAAGACCUGUUGUUACAAAUUCAAAUUUUAAAACUGUUAAACUUCCAGAUGAUAUAACACCUUUAUCACCAGUUGAUACAACUGUUUCAAAGCAAAAUGAAAACAAGAAUUACCUUUCAACACAUAAUAAUGUAUAUUUAAAAAAUAAUUGGAAAAGUUCUAUGGAUGAUUUAUCAAGAAUUGAAGAGCCAAAUGCACCAUCAAUUUCAUUUACUCGUGAAUGGUUUAAAAAAACUCUUUGGAAAGAUAGACAAUCUGAGAAAUCUUAAGAUUUAUUCUUUUAUAAUUUCGAAUUACUUUCUUAGAUUCACAAAAAGUUUUAUUUGAGCAUUAUUUAUAAUUAUUGCUUAUUUAAUUUUGAACAUGACAUACAUUCUUUGCCUUUAUCAUCUAAAAAUUACUGUUUCGAGUAAAAUAAUUAUAUUAUACAGGUAAAUAAUCAGGUAAAACCUUGGUGUUUGCUACUUUUACCGACAUAAAUAGUAUAUGAUGUUAGUCGUGAACAAAAUGUCUGGCAGCAGGAUCAAACGGUAAAGAAUGGAAACGGAAUGCAAUUUAUAUGAAAACGCAAGAACAAUGAAGUCUGAGUCAUUUUGAGACAACUGAUGGACAUUUGGCAAAUUAAACAUUUAAUAUUUGAUUGUUAGAUUUUAUUAACAAGCCCUGUAAUUUUGCGCCAAAUGCAUUCGAUUGUCCCCACUCGUGUUCUUGUUCGCUACAAAACUUUUCACAACUAUCUACUUUUACAUUAUUAUUAUUAUUAUUAUUAUU